UUAUUGAUUGUUUUCUCAAUUUUUCAAAUAACUCAUCAUGGCUUCUCUAGUUUCUUUGAAGCGAAAGUUUGUCGCUGAUGGUGUCUUCAAGGCUGAACUUGAUGAAUUUUUGAGGAGAGAGUUAGCCGAAGAUGGCUACUCUGGUGUUGAAGUUAGGACAACUCCAGCUAAGACUGAAAUUAUCAUCUCUGCGACUAGGACUGAUUUAGUUCUUGGUGAAAAAAACCGCAGGAUUCGAGAAUUAACUCGUUUAGUCACAAUGAGAUUCAACUUUCCUGAAAACUCUGUUGCGCUCUAUGCAGAGAAAGUAGCAAACAGGGGCUUGUGUGCUACUGCCCAGGCUGAAUCUUCAAGGUUCAAGCUUCUCGGGGGGCUCGCUAUUCGCAGAGCCUGCUAUGGCGUAUUACGCUAUAUUAUGCAGAAUGGCGCUCAAGGAUGCGAGAUCAUAAUUUCUGGCAAACUUAGAGGCCAGAGAGCAAAAGCAAUGAAAUUUGUUGAAGGACUCAUGAUUCAUUCUGGAGAUCCGGUCAACACAUAUGUCAACACUGCAACAAGACAUGUGCUCUUGAGGCAGGGAGUCGUUGGUAUCAAGAUAAAAAUAAUGUUGCCUCACGAUGCCACAGGCAAAAUUGGACCUAAAAACCCUCUGCCUGACAAAAUUGUAAUAAAUGAGCCCAAAGAAGAGCCUCUUCCAGAGUCCCCCAGAACAGAGUUAAAAACGAAUAGUGAUGACCCGAAAGAACCUUCUCCUAAAGAAGAAUGAUCAUUCAAUAAAAGGACUCUGUACAUAAGAUUCAUAUGUCAUUUGUCCUUAUUUUGGAAAACCAAUUUUCCAAGUCUCUUUAGAGGAUCAUAAUCUUUUCCAGAAACGUUUCCACCGCCAUACUAGACAAUUGAAAGAGUUGAAACAGUUUACUACCAAACGCCCAAUUUGCGUUCAAGAUCCACUAGAACUUGGUCGUAACGUAACAUCGGUUGAUGAACUCAAUCUAUCCCGCUUCGUUAUGCAAUGCUCUACUGCCAGAGAAAUUUUGCGCGAUGGCGGAAACUUCAUGAUGAUCGAUUUAUUGUCACCUAUACAAGAGUUGAAGGAGUACUUCGAUGUAUAUUUAUACAUGACAACUAGCGGUGUUCAACACCACAAUCAA